AUGACUGCUUCAAAUAAUAAAAGUAUUACUACAACAUCAAAUUUGGAAAUGUCAACAAAAGUUAAAAAGGUUAAAAAAAUUGGAAAAGUUCAUUUUACUAAUAUGAAAAAUUUUAAACUAAAAAAAAUUCCUGGUCUAACUACUGAAGAAAUACGUGAAAUGGAAAAAUUACGUAAUAUGUUACCACCAACAAUGAAUACACAAGAUCCAGCAGAACUUCUUUUAAAUGUUGCCAAUUAUAUUGGAAAAUUAACAACAAAAGUUGUUGAAAGAGUACAUAAUGGUUCUUUACCUAAAUCUGUUCUUCAACCAAUUACAAAUAAAAAAAUUAAGAAAAAUUUCAAAUCAUCAAAGAAAAGAUGUUAA